AUGAAGGGUUCAAAAGUCACUGAUGAGAAGAAAUCAAAAGACCAAGAAGGGAAAGAAGAAGAAAAAGAAGAAGAGGAUAAAGCAUAUUCAUAUACAAAAGCUUUUAGAAUAGCUCUAGUGAAUUCACGAAGUUCACGUUAUCUUAUAUGCCUUUUGCUUAUUUAUAAACUCGGGGAACAAGGCGCUAUGAAUAUGCUACCGCUGAUGCUUUUUGAUCGUGGUUUCUCCUUGUCGAAAAUUGGUUUUUGGACUGGUGUACUUGGUCAACUGGCAUCGAUUACUGGUUCUACAUGUGGACAUUAUAUUCAGAAGUAUUUCAGAUCUCCGUUAAUUUCUAUUCUCUACCUUAUGACAAUUCGUUUAUGCCUACAAUGUCCUAUAUUAUUGAUUGCUUUCAACUCAGUUUGGAUGAGUAUGCCUAAUGUGUCUUUCGGGAUAGGUUGUUUAUUUAUGAAUUGUAUAUUAUUUACCAGUGGUGCUAUAACAACAAUUAUGUUCACAUUAAUGAUGUAUUGUACACGCAGUGAAACGUCUACAGAACAUCAAGCCACACACUAUACAAUAUUGAGUACAGCAGAACUUUUAGGCAAAUUACUCUUCAAAAAUUUCAAUUUUGUCCAUGAAUUGUAUAUAACUUGGAUAAAUGGUGAUAUUGUUUCAAGUGAACAUGUUCGAAUCUACAAGGUUUGCUAUACUUACAAGUUUCCACAGAAUAAUCUGGAAUAAAAAGGAUGCGUCUUUCAUUUUUCAACAGUUAUACCUCAUAGCUUCUUUUUUUUUCUGUAUAACCCCUGUGACAUUGGCCUGGGUGGUAGGUUAUGGGAAGAAUGAGCUGUCGAAAAGAAAAAGCCACACAGACACGAUUUCUUCUUGUAUGAUCUUACUGCUUGUUUUUCAGAAGAAUUUGGUGUCUUAGUACUUCUUUG